AGUGGCCCGAGUCCGCCGCGGGGCCCCCCGCGGGCGCCCCCGCCCCUCCCUCGCGGGCGGCGCCCCGGGGCGGAACCCCUCUGGUGGCGGCGCGGCCGGCCAUGAACCCGGUCGCCCUGGCGGCGGUCGGGCUGAGGAGGGAGCUGCGGGAGGAGCACUUGCUCCAAGGCGACGGGGACACCACCCCGUCGGCCCGCGGCGCAGUUGACGAGGAUUCCUUGGCACCUUCGAGCGCUGGCGCCGCAGACGGACCCGCCCCAAGGCCGGGGGCCGCGUGGCCACCAGCUUGCGCCGAUCUCUUGGAGGGCCUCUGCGGCAUCUGCCGCGGCCCGGGCGCCGCCAGCGCCGCAGGGCAGCCCGUCGAGCCGGAGGAGUGCGAGGGCCCCGCUCCCCGCUGCGCCGCCCGCCGCGAGGAGCAGGAGGUGGAGGGUCGAGCUGUGGGCGCUGUCUUGAGGCGAGGCCCUCGGCGGCCUCCACCUGCAGUUCCUCCCCGGCGCCGGCCCCGAGUCCGUGGCCGACCGCCUGCCGGCCUGGCAGAGCCACCUCGAACCCGCGGGCGCGUCGCGCCCAGCGGCCGCCGACGCGGCCAGGCGCCUCACGUGGACGCGAGCUUCUGCGGGUUCGGCUCUGGGCUCUCCCGCGGCUGCUUGGGGCUGGGAGGCGCGGUCGUCGUCGGCGGCGACCCGCCAUUGGCCUGCAAGUUGUCUGCUGCAAUGUACGAAGGGUUGAACGAUGGCCGAUUGGUUGCCCAGGUCGCCAUCUGGUUUUCGACGGCAGGUAUGCGGUCAUGAUCGAGUGGGCGUUGGAUGGGAGUGGCCCGGCAGGUGCCCACUGGGGAUAUCACCAGAAGGCCUCUCCGUGCCCGAUGUCGAUGGAGUAGACGUCGAUGAAGGCGUUGAUGAGGUCGCCGGGUAGCGGUCCUUCAUGAAGUCCUGAUGGUCCUUCUGGAAGUUCGGUUGGAGCUUCUGGAAGUGUUGCUGCUUCUUCUCGAAGUUUUUCCAGGGGCAGUCUCGCCAUGCUCGUGAGCGGGGGGCCGGACUCCUGGCCUAGGAUCACGAGGGAUGUUUUAGCCGAGACUAGACGAAGUUGAUUAUGUAGAUGUGUGUG